UCUCGUUGAAUGGCCUCGAAUUUUGAAAAGGAUAACUGCAAAAAAAAAAUUGAGCAUACUUGUUUUUGUUUUGUUUAUUAUCUGUAUAAAAAAGUUUCCAAAAGAAAUAAAUAAGAUUUUUUAUCAAAUUGCGUUGUACUCAAGCGUUUUUCCUCGAAAAACAUCAAAUUCAUCCAUAUCAAAAUCAAAAACAAACAAAAAAAACCCGGUCCAAAUGGAACAACAAGCUGUUGAUAAAAACAUUCCUUUUGACAACGAAAUCGAUGAUGAUGAAGAUGAUGGUGAUAAUAGUAGCAGUAAUAAUGAUGAAAUGAUGCCACCAUUAGAAACAAUUGAAAAAGAAAUGAAUCAUCAAUCAGAUAAAAAGAAGAAAAAUAUUGUUAUUCCAGAUGAUAAUGAUUCCAAAAAGAAAAGUAAAGAAGAAAAAGUCGAUGAUAAUGAUGGCUAUUUGGAUAUUCUUAAUAAUGGUGAUCUACGAAAAAAAACUAUUAAAAAAGGUGAUAAUGUACGACCACAACGUGGCAGUAAAGUGAUUAUCAAACUUGAAACUCGUCUUUAUGCUGAUGGCUGUGAUGAUGAUGAUCAAGAUGUUGGAACCGGAAAAUUGAUCGAAGGUGAAACAUUCGAUAGAUUUACACUUAUAAUCGGUGAUAAUGAUCUACAUCAAAGUUUGGAUCUAUUGAUACCGUUGAUGGAAUUACAUGAAGUUUGUAGAGCAAUUAUCAAAUCACGUUUUGCAUAUGGUCAAUCCGGCAAUAAAAAUAUUGGCAUACCUGAAGAUGCUACACUUGAUUGUCAAAUUGAAUUGCUCGAAAUACCGAAUCCCAGUGACAAUGUUUUCGGUCAAGGUGAUGAUGAUGAAGCCGAAUCGAUUGCAAAUAAAGAACUAUUGGAUGAACGACUCAGAUUUGGUAAUUAUAAAAAAACACGUGGAAAUUUUUGGUUCGAACGUGGUGAAUAUUCAAUGGCCAUUCAAUGUUAUAAAGGUGCUUUAAAAUAUUUGGAUGCUAAUAAUCAGGAAUUGAAAUUGAUCGAUAAUGAUAAUGAAAAUAGUGGUGAAGAUAAACAACUUGAAUUGGUUGAUAAAAUUAACGAUUUAAUCGAUAAACGUGCACAAACAUUUAAUAAUUUAGCUGCUGCUCAAAUGAAAAUGGAUGCAUUCGAUACAGCAUUACGUUCGGUUAAUGAUUCUUUAUUAUUAAGACCGAAUAAUGUUAAAGCAUUAUUUCGUCAUGCAAAAAUAUUGUCCGAAAAAGGUGAUAUUGAAGAUGCAAUAAAAGAUUUGAAAAAAGCAUCAACAAUCGAUCCACAAUCGGAAGCAAUUCAAAUGGAAUUAAAUCGUUUGAAUAAAAUUCUUAUAAAACAGAUUAAUGAUCAAAAAGAAUUAUAUCGACGAAUGUUACAAGUAAAAAAUGAUGAUACGAAAAACAAUCAAACUAAAAAAAGUAAGCAUUCAAAUUCAAAUAAUAAAGACAACAGCAACAAUCAUCAACAACAAUCAUUAUGGUAUCGAUAUCGUUGGCCAGUAGCCAUUUCAUUUGGUAUGGUUACAACUGCUGCAAUUUUAAUUCAAUCAUUUGUUUAUUCAUCUACUAAAUGAUGAUCAAAUCAUUGAUUGAUUGAUUGAUUAAAUUGUCAUUUUUACAAA